UUUAUUCAAUUAUGCUGGUGGCAAGACCACGCCUCCUCCUUGUAUCUCCGCCCGCCAUUGGUCGCCGGGACGGGAGGCUCCGCCCCUUUCGAACGUUGCGGAUCCAGCUCUGCCGCCACGCUUUGUUCCGGUCUUCCUGGUCACGUUGGCAGAAGCUGGAGCUAACAUCAGGAGCUCACAUUUCCUAGACUGAGGCUCCGCCCACAAAGGACCGAGGCCCCGCCCCCAAAGAAAGGGGAUGGCUGGCCGAGGAGGGGGCGGAGCCGGGAGGGGCCGUGGCCGAGGGGGUCACAUGACCUUCAGCGUGGAAGCCAUCGGCAUCAUUGGCAAGGGAGAGGCGCUCCCGCCACCCACCCUCCAGCCCUCCCCAUUAUUCCCACCCUUGGAAUAUAAGCCGCUUCCUCUCCAGACGGGAGAAGAAGUCGAAUAUAUGUUGGCUUUAAAGCAGGAACUCAGAGGAGCCACCAAAAACCUGCCGUAUUUUAUUAAACCUUCCGCCCCAAAGAAAGAUGUGGAGCGAUAUUCGGAUAAAUACCAAAUAUCCGGCCCUGUUGAUAAUGCCAUUGAGUGGAACCCUGACUGGAAGCGGCUGCCCCAGGAAUUGAAGAUCCGAGUGCGAAAGCUGCGGAAGCAAAGAGUAUCGGUUUUGGCCCCAAAAUGUAAAUCCCAGCUUCCGACGGAUAAAGAGGAAACCAUCAAGAAACUUGAGACUUUGGAGAAGAAAGAGGAGGAAGUGACGUCGGAAGAGGAAGGAGAGGAAGAAGGGAACGAAGAAGGAAAAGAGGAGGAAGGAGAGGAGGAGUACGACGAGGAGGAGUUUGAGGAGGAGACAGACUACAUCAUGUCUUACUUUGACAACGGAGAAGAUUUCGGGGCCGACAGUGACGACAACAUGGACGAAGCCGUCUAUUGAAGAUGCAUUCUGGGUGCAUCUGCACUGUGGAGUUAACCUAGUUUGGUACCAACAACAUAUUAUUAUUAUUAUUAUUAUGUCAUUGAUUCUGCAGCAGAGGUGGCGCUGUUUGGCCCAUUGGACUCCAGGUGGCGCUGUUGCUCAACUUCAGAAAUAUAUGAUAUAUAAAUACUAUUAUUUUAUGAACUUGUUUUUAAUUUUUGGGGGAAAAUAUUAAAUAAAAAUAGUAUAUGAAAAGGGAAUAAAUUUAUGGUGUUUUCUUUGGGAAUGAAUGCCAGCUUUUCCUAAGUCAUUAUUAUAUAUAAUAAUAUAAUAUAAUGGCCAAUAAUAUAAUAUAACUAGCUGUGCCCGGCCACGCAUUGCUGUGGCAAAGUGGUGGUGGUAUUGGUUAAAAUUUGUUGUGUAAUUUUUAUUUGACUUUAAUUUUCAUUUUUUUAUUAAUUUUAUUGUAAGUUAUAUUUUUAUUUAUUAUAUUUUAUUAUUUUCUUGUAUUAUUUUUAGUUAUUUUCUGUUAUUAUAGUAUUUUAUUGUAUUAAUUUUAGUGUUUUUUUAUUAUUUUUUAUUGGGUUGCUAGGAGACCAAGUUGGAAGAGCUUAGCCUUCUAACUGGCAGCAAUUGGAUAAAAACAAUUAUUCCUCUCUCUCUAAUUAGGACUUUAUUUUUCUUUUCUUUUUGUUGUAUCAACCUAGAGGCAUGGAUGAUGGGUUGUGUUGUCAAAUUUCGAGGUUGGGGGGCCUGUAGUUUUGUUGUUUUGUGGGUCGCCGUGAUGCCAUCACUCUUUUAUAUAGAUAGAUUGAUUCUGCAGCAGAGGUGGCGCUGUUUGGCCCAUUGGACUCCAGGUGGCGCUGUUGCUCAACUUCAGAAAUAUAUGAUAUAUAAAUACUAUUGUUUUAUGAACUUGUUUUUAAUUUUUGGGGGAAAAUAUUAAAUAAAAAUAGUAUAUGAAAAGGGAAUAAA